CACACACAGAGAGAGGCAGUGUGGCACGCAUGCACUUAUUCUCAAGCUUUUCGAAGUUUGCCAUCUGCCUAUUGUUGUUUUAUGCAAAAAGUCAGAGUCUGGAUAGGACGCACCAAGGGCCUUAUGCAAAUGAUAUGUCUAUCGGAUGGUGUGGGAUACUGAAGAGGUAACUACUCCUCUACUAACCCACUUUGCUAAAUGUCUAAGUAUCUGUGUACCUUUGCGAGACAGGGUUUUUGAGUCAAUUUCUCACAGAAGACUUUUGGAAAGCGAUCGAGAACGAGGGAUAUAACUCUGAAAGGACGUUUACCUGUCACCAAGAUAUUAAGAUGAGCACCGAGGCUGGCGAACACACAGAUUCUCAGCACGAUCAAGCUGAUAUUGAACAAAAUGGGAUCGACUUUACCCGACAAAUAAAGACGGAGAACCUGAACGAUUCACCUCACUCUGGAUCAUCACACAAAACAUGCCAUCUGACUCAGGGAUCACCAGUGCCUGGUGGGCUUACUGGGGAGCUACCCUCCCUGCACCCUCUGCCCCAGCUCGUCCUGAUGUCUGGAUCUCACCUUUCAUCUCCUUCAUCAUUUCUCCUUUCUCAAGCCCAAUCCGGACACCAAGCACUGCUACAGCCCAACCUGCUUUCCUUGCAAUCACAGUCACAGACGGGACUCUUACCGCAUCAGCCAGGUCUCGCUCUCACUCCUCAGGCAAUGGGCAGAACGGGUCUGGGUGGCUCCUCUAUGGAUGGACACCUAGACAUGUCUCACUUACAGGUGCCUAAACAUGUGGGAUCACCUCAAGAUGAACCCAAUGACCUGGAGGAACUCGAGCAGUUUGCUAAAGCCUUUAAGCAGAGGCGCAUCAAACUAGGAUUUACUCAGGGUGACGUGGGCCUGGCAAUGGGAAAGCUUUAUGGAAAUGACUUCAGUCAGACUACCAUCUCACGCUUCGAGGCUCUCAAUCUUAGCUUCAAAAACAUGUGCAAGCUCAAACCAUUGCUGGAGAAAUGGCUGAGCGAUGCAGAAAACUCCCCAUCUGACUCCAUGUCCAGCCCCACCACCUUACCUCCACUUAUGGAAGGAUACGGGAGAAAGAGGAAAAAGAGAACAAGCAUUGAAACCAACAUCAAGCUUACACUAGAAAAACGCUUUUUAGAUAACCCAAAACCAAACUCGGAAGAAAUCACACUGAUCUCAGAGCAGUUAGCUAUGGAGAAGGAAGUGGUGCGAGUGUGGUUCUGUAACCGGCGUCAGAAAGAGAAGAGAAUAUACUGUCCAGUAUCAUCCUCACCUAUAAAGUCUCAUGCCUACAAUCCUCGUCUGCCUUCAACUUCCCGAUCAUUCAGUCCACUUGCCUCUGGAGGUGUGUCAUCAAGCUCCUCCCCCAGCAGCCCCAGUCGAGGCUCCUCCCCCAGCACUCUCUCCACCACAUCCAGUCCGCUGACAUCACAGGGGGUCAACCAGACGUUCAACUCUACAGGAUCCUGGUAUCGCUGGAACCCUACAUCAUACCACCACUGAGAAACAGCUUACAUGCAUCCUGAGGCAACAACCACUCGCUUCAAAACUUAUCAAACCAGACAGUUCUCUGUGAAAGAAAUUUGGAAACGUUUACAACCUGCACUGGUAGCAAAACGCAGAGAACCGUGGUUCUGUUUCUUAAGGUCUAAAGCUCGAAGGGCUUGUGAAUAUUGCUUACUGCAAAAGCACUAAUAUGCAAUGGCACGUUGUUUAGAUAUGCAAUCUUACCACGAAGAAAUAACAGAUUUUCUUUGCAUUUUUAGCAGUAGGAACAUUACUGCAGAACCUUAACCCCAUUUCACUAUUUCCUUGUCGGAGACGAAGGUUCAAAUCCGGCCGACAACGAUCGUGUCAAGCGACACGCAGCCAUAAACGUCAUUUUAAAGGCCAUUGAUAUUUGUGUACAUUGUUUACAUUUUGCUUUAUUAGAAACCUUAUUUUCAAUCACGUGUAAUGCGAUAACUUUACAAUGAAGGUGUACAUUAACCAUUUUAGACGCUAGCAUGCAGCAAUCUUCUUGACGGUCACUGGUUAGCGUCAAGACUGUUAACAGCUGCUUCUGAUGUGUGCAGUAAUUUUAGGCAACACUUGUUUGGUAAAUACGACAAUACAGUUUACAGUUCUUAAUAUAUUUUACGCAUGCACCUAGUUUUGUGUUUCUUACUACUGGCAUUUCACACUAUUUUUAUGUUACAUUGUCCAAAGCAUUUGAAGUUUUUUAGUUUGAUGUUUUUUGCUUUUCUGUAUGAUUACAACAUAUCGUUUUGGUUGGUUUUUCUUUGCUUUUUUAUGUGAAUAACACUGUUGUAUAUUUUACUGUUUGACUAUUAUUAAAAUUGAGCACUAAUGCUA